AUGGAUUCAAGAAUACAAGCUAUAUUAUUCGAUAUGGUCGAUCGCGGGGAUCCCGCGGGGAUCGGGGCCAUCUUAAAAGAAGGAGAUGAUUUGAAUUUCACCAAUGCAUCUGGGUUGACUCUUCUUCAUGUCGCUACCGAACACAAAAAUCGCGAGCUAGUAAAGCUGCUACUUGAAUACGGGGCCAACCCAAAUACCGAGGAUGCUUCCGGGUCAACAGUUUUAGAUACUGCAGCGAUAAAAGGCCAACCUGGAAUUGUAGGGUUACUUCUCGACUACUAUGCUGAUCCAAAUAUCGCGGAUCGGAAUGGUCGGACACCACUGCAUUCUGCAAUAAAUAGCGGCGACGAAGCAACAGUGAAGAUUCUACUCGAAGCUGGAGCUAAUAUAGAAAGCAUGAAUAACGGCGGCUGGACACCGCUGCAUAUUGCAAUUUUCUUAAAAAAGGAAGAGGCCGUGAAACUUCUAAUUAAACAUGGAAUUAACAUCAAAAGCAAAGAUGCUGAUGGCUAG